AGCCGUCUUAUCUCUAAGUCUCACCUACUUGAAGGAGAGAGAGAGAGAGAGAGAGAGUGAUCAUGUCUCUUGCCUAUUGUGUCAAGGAGCAGAAACCUUGUGUGCAUUGGGUUGACAAGUACUUCAAGGAUUGCCUUUGUAAUCUAAAAGAUGAAUUCUCUUUUGCUUUUGGGCUCAUUAGUCUAGUUUGUUGGGGAGUUGCAGAAAUCCCUCAAAUCAUCACCAACUUCCGCACAAAGUCUAGCCAUGGAGUCUCCCUUCUUUUUCUCCUCACUUGGGUUGCUGGGGAUGUUUUUAAUCUUGUGGGCUGCCUUCUGGAGCCAGCGACGCUGCCCACCCAGUUCUACACUGCCCUGCUCUAUACUACAAGCACUGUAGUAUUAGUGUUACAGGGUUUCUACUAUGAUCACAUCUACAGGCGGUGGGAAUGGCAGAGAGCUGAUGCUGACCAACAGGUUGAAGAUGAAAAAAAACCACUGAAACCCAAGUUAGCUGAUUCGGCCAUUCCCAUACCCAAUGCCUCACCUAGAGCAACUCCUCGUAGGGAGUAUUACUACACUUCAGCUAGAUCUAUGGCAAGCAGUGGUACUCCGCCAUUUCGAGGUUACCUUGGAAAUGCCAGAAGCGGUCCUUCAGCAAUGGUACUCGACAACGAAUCAUCCUCAGAUGAUGAUGCAGCCCCUGUUUCAGCUAAAUCAGUUAGCCAGCCUAGGCCAAUUCCAAGAUCGGCUGGUUAUGGAACAUUUCUAGCCACAUCAGUCAACCUGCCCCUAAAAAGUAAGGCUUUGACAGAUGCCUACAUUGGAUUUAAUGGUAGAAGACUUUUACAUGAAGGAAGUGGAACGGACCACAAUGCUUUUGGACAGUGGCUGGGAUGGCUUAUGGCUGCUAUAUAUAUGGGUGGCCGAAUCCCUCAAAUCUGGUUAAAUAUUAAAAGAGGAAGUGUGGAGGGCUUAAAUCCUCUGAUGUUCAUCUUCGCACUAGUGGCAAAUCUCACUUAUGUGCUAAGUAUUCUUGUUAGAACCACAGAAUGGGAUAAAAUCAAAGCUAAUAUGCCAUGGUUGCUAGAUGCUAUAGUCUGCGUGGCACUCGACUUAUUUAUCAUAUUGCAGUACAUAUAUUACAGAUACAUCCAUCAAGAAAAGAUUAGCCAUGAAGAAGAUUAUGGAGACUACUUGGAUUCAAAUAAAGCUUCUUUAUCUUAAGUCGGUUAAUGUAAUUUGCAGAUUCAUGCUUCAGAGUGGAACUUUAAUUAGAGAUCCUUUCAAAUAUUUGAACUAGCAAGGCUAUCUGUUAUUGGGAUUGCAUUUGUUAAUUAACUAGUUAAUUAUCAGUAUCAGUUAUGAGCUAUGAGCUAUGAGAUGAGCUACAAAGGAAUACAUGUUAUAGGUCAAGAGUUAGUGAGAUAGCGAUUGGUAAUGGUAAUGAUAUAAUUUUUAUUUUAA